GGCAACACUGUUUUGCAAAUCAGCUGUUGGUAUUUGGUAUCGCGAAAUUUUGUUUACCCGCUCGGAAUAAAACAUAUUUUGCUAUCUUGCAAGCAUGGACGAGUUCAAAGUGCCCGCUCCAUUGCCCAAACCAAAACCAAUAAUUACAGAGAAGCCACGCACAGAAGCUCCUGCUGAACCACCUCCUCCGCCAGCACCAAAAACACCGAAUGCGACUCCGCUUGCGGUCUGUCCGUACAAGGUGCCAAAAUGGUCAGCUCCGCCGGCUCCUGAACAGAGUUACAGCUUCGAAGUUCUCAAGUCGGGCCAAAUCAUAGAUCAGGUGAAGCAGCUGCAACAGAAAGCGAUCUGGACCUUCGGCCGUCUCCCGGAGAACGACGUAGCCGCCGCUCAUCCCACAAUUUCCCGCUUCCACGCUGUGCUGCAGUAUAAGCCCAAGGUUCCUGUUAAACCAGAUGAAGGGGAAGAAGACGAAGAUGACAAAGCCAGUAAAAACGAACAGCCAGAGGGCUGGUACAUCUACGAUAUGGGAAGUACUCAUGGCACUUUUCUGAACAAACAGCGGCUGCCACCAAAAGUUUACAUCCGAAUGCGGGUGGGCCACAUGCUCAAGUUGGGCGGGAGCACCCGUGUCUACAUUUUGCAGGGUCCCGGUGAGGACGAGGAACCGGAAUCAGAACUAACAGUGACAGAGUUGAGGGAGAAGCGAGAGCAGGAAAUAGCUGCCGCAGCAGCAGAGAAGCAGAGGAAGAUUUUGGAAGCGGAGGAGCGCGAACGCAACGAGGGCGUUACCUGGGGCAUGGGCGACGACGCCGACGAGGAAACUGACCUCACACACAAUCCCUACGCCAGCACCAACAAUGAGGAUCUGUUCUUCGAUGAUCCCAAAAAGACUCUGAGAGGAUUCUUCGAACGGGAGGGUCUCAACCUGGAGUAUAAAUGUGACGAGCUGUCCACGGGCUCCUUUGUUUGUCGAGUGGAGCUGCCCCUAGACGAUUCCAAUGGCAGGCCAAUUAUAGUGGAGGUGAAUCACAAGGGCCGUAAAAAGGACUGUGUGGUGCAGUGUGCUCUGGAGGCGUGUCGCACUCUGGACAGGCAUGGCGUGCUCCGUCAGGCCAAUCAGGAGUCUCAGAAGAGGAAAAUCCAAAAGUCGGGUGACUCGGACGACGACGAUGAGUUCUGGGAUCGUACGGGCGAUGUGGCGCGCAAAAAACAAAGAAAGGAGAAUGCUGGUGCCAAUGUCACCUUGACCUAUGAGGAUUUGCUGAAACAAGAACAGGAUCUCAAUGAGGAAAUGCGAAAAGUGGAUAACGAAAUAAACAUUUACCAAGUAAAGGAGAAGAAGCUCAAGGAGCAAGCCCUCAAACAGCAAUCAGCUGGUGACGACUUGGAUAACUUCAUGGACACGCUUGCAGAAGAUGUGGAGCAGGUGGACAAAACCGAGAUCAAAAAGCUCAGGUUGGAGCAGCAACGAAUUAAGGGCGAGCAACAGAAGGUACAACGUUUGCUCAAAAUAGCCAAGCCAACGGCUUUACCUUUUGCCACCUCUAGCGCAACAACUAAAGAAGAAUCUUCAAGCAGUGGGGCGAAGAAACAGCUGCCCAUGAUUGGCAAGAGAAAUCAGUUCAGCAAAUUCAAGGUAGUAAGAGCUGUAACUAGUACCCAGUCGAAGCCACAAACAAAUGCGUUUGCCUCGGACGAAGAGGAAGUCGAAGAGGAGGACGACGAGGAGAAGCGCAAUGAAGUGGAGGAGCCAAGGAAACCAGAGGAAAUUGUGGUGGCCAAGACGACGGAAGAUAAAAAGGAGGAGCUUUCAAUUUCGGAAGGGGUUGACUUGCAGGAACAAGAACCCAAGGCCAAAUCGGAAGUGAGCCAACCAACAAUCCCCAAAACGGAAGUCUUAAAACCAGAAAAAGUUACACCGGAAGUGACCACAGUUUCCAGUGACACGAAUGCUUCUGUAACUACGCCAGCAGAAUCAAUUGAGGAGAGCAACACGUCAGUCGAGGAGGACGUUUCGGAACAGGGUGCCGAAGAUGCGGCGCAAAAAAAGCGCCGACCACGCCAGCGGCCACGAAAUAAACAGCGGCAGGAUGUGGACAUGGACCUAGACGAGCUGGCCGAGCAUGAAGACAGCGAAAAGUAUGCCAAGUGGGUGCCGCCAACCAACCAAAGCGGCGAUGGCAUUACGCACUUGAACGAGAAGUUCGGCUACUAAGUCUUAGUAGAUUUAAAGUAGUUUUAAGAGCCAUAGAGUCUAUGGCAUAGACCUUUAAGAGAUUCAAUGUAACUAUUUGUAAAUGGUAAGCUGCGAA